AUGAAGGACACAAUAUCCCAGCUCCUGAACCAGUGCUUACGGGAGUUUGCAGCAAUAACGGAUUCGGAAUCCGUCGUUCGGUAUGAGACAGAGGUAUCGCAUCGUCGUUGGCUCGAUGAACUUGGACGCCUGAGAGUCUGGUCAGGUAAUAUAGGCGCUCAUCAGACGGGCCAGUCGUCUCUGGACUAUCGUCUUCGAGAUGCGUCCCAUCUCCGAGAAGAAACGACCAGGCUGCUAAGUCGAUUGCUGCACAUUUUUCAGGAUGUGGCAGAAGUGAUAAACGAAAAUGAUGAUGAGGAGGCACUUGAAAUUGAAAUCGAAGAUGAUGAUGAGACCAAAGACAUGACAGAAGUGCAACAACUUUAUCAGAGUAUUGCUGAUACUAUCAACUCCCUCUUCCAGAUCUCUAUGGCAAUUCGGCGACCCGCCGAUCACGAUCGUCUUCUUAAUAUCAGAGUCAAAGAUGAUUCAUUCUUCGAGCCGUGGGCGCGUCAGCAUGUCUCACAAAAGUAUCCAGAUGCGGGAGAUGCCCUGAUUAGUCGACUUGGCCGGGCCAUGGCCAGGCAGAAAGCCAUACUAAAAUAUCGAGAAAGGCACCGAGCAAAGCUUGGGAAGGGAUUGUUCGGGGACGUAGAAACGACAUCCACCAGAUUAUCAGAAACGGUUGCGACUGAAAUAGCUCCUGAUAAUGACCAACUGCACUUUCUGGAUACGGCGUCCAAUUCAGGUCUCUCUCACACGUCUUACGCCACAAGCUUGAUGGAAUCCAAACUGGCUGCAUCAAUUCCGAAACCUCCCAAGGCAUCAAAGGACAGGAGUCCCUUUGAGUGUCCCUACUGCUUUCACAUCAUCAUGAUCAAACAUAAAAGAGAUUGGGCUCGGCACGUAUUCCGUGAUGUGAUGCCCUAUGUCUGUGUUUCAAUGAGUUGUACGACCCCGUCAAGGCUCUACGAAAGUCGGCACCAGUGGUUCUUUCAUAUGCGUGAAGCACAUAGGCAAGGCCAAAAUGGGCUCGCAUGUCCACUAUGCCACGCUGAGAUUCAAGCAUUAUCUUCAUUCGAGAAACAUGUUGGUCGCCACUUGGAGGAGCUGGCACUAUUCUUCUUGCCUCCGACAGACGUAGAUGAUGAAGAGGAGGAGGGAGCUUCAGACGCGGCCCCAUCUGUUCCCUCGGUGAAUCGCAGUGGAAGUGAUAGCGGCCCGACCCAAGAACUGCAAAUACCAAUUGGAUCAGAAUCGACUGAAGGACAAAGCAAUAUCAUCACAUACGAGGUCCAAUCUCGAUUGAACGCAAUUGACGCUACUGGUAUGGGUGAGGAGGACCUCUCGGCCAGUAGCCGAGGUAGCGAUAGUGAUGAUCGUGCUCGGUCUCGAAGUGGUACAUUGACUUCCAGUCGUCCAGAAGACGACGGCGGAAUUGUCACGAUGAUGAGCGGGGUGGCCAUAAAUGUUACGCAUGACUCUGUGUCAGAGCGGCCCAUCCAUGUAGGCGAUGAUGGUGUAGCUCAGUUGGAAAUUGGAGGAGGACGCCCAAAGCAGUACAGAAUGGGUAGUCACAAAUAUACAAUUCUUGAAAGCGCAGACACUCUACCUCAGUUGGAAAUCGGAGGAGGACGCCCACGGCAGUACAUAACGGAGAAUCACAGAUAUGCAUCUCGCAACAGCGCUUCUAGAAGAGCCAUCAGCGCGGAUGGACGGUUUUCGCCGUAUACUCUAGAGACAGCAGUCGACAGGGAACUCACUGGAGCAUCCGAGACCAGGGAAUAUCAGGGUCAAGGGGGAACAUCGAAGAGGCAACAGGAGCGUCGGAAUAAAUUUGAAAGCGAGUCCGGGAUGAUGGAAGAAGGCGUAUCUGCGUUGGAAGAUGUUCUCGAGCUAAGAGUUUCUGGAGGGCAAGAAUGGCAACACAUCGGUGCUAAGCAACCCCUUAAUGCGGAGGCAGUGACGAAGGAGAGCGAGUGGCCCAAACCUCUCGACCCCGUCCGACACCAAAGCAGCCAAAACCGUCCACAAGUGGUUGUAGUAUCUCAACCAAGCCGUGGACGGGGUUCCCUCGAGCGUCAUUCGGAUAUGACGAGCAACACACCAGAGGAGAAGUAUCUGGGAGAUCGAGAAUAUGCUCAAACGGCACGUCGCCGGAGAAUUGUUUACCAUACACCGCAAAAUUACGUACAUGAUGCCGACAAGGGGGGCGCUGACUGUGGUCCUUAA